CGUACGCACUUGCUCUCUACCCACUCCGCUGUCCAGCAAGUAUCUAACCCACCCGCCCACUUCAACCCGUCCCUCUGAGAUUGACCUGCUUGCUGACUGCUGUAUGAGGGACAAGAAAGCACAUAACACUGGCUGUCCAAAUCUAAUACUGAUGGACCAAUAGAAUCUGGACCUCAAAUAGAGACAGGCGGACUGGAAAGACGUUUUCGACAGUGACGGUGGAUGGGCUAAUCCCUCGCGAGGCUUCGUCACCACUCCGGCCGGUGCGGCCCAUGGACCUGCGUACCCACGGGCUGGUGCGACCCGGGCUGGAAUCAGCCAUGCUGGCCCCCCACCUCCCCCCAUUCCUGGGGGCCUUCUCAGCCCGGCACUGUGCCAAGUACUCCCAGCAGCACCUGCCACAGCACAUCCAGUACGAGUAUGACAGGGAGCAGAGUCGGCAGGAGAAAGAGCAGGAGAAGAGGCAGGAGCUGCAGCAGCUGAUGCACAAGGAUAAGAGCGAGCAGAGUGCUGUGGCCAGUCCCCUGGUGAAACAGAAACUCAGAAGCCAAAUCCUGAAGAGGAAGGAGCAGGCCUCCCUGGAGAGGACCGCCUCCAACCUCUUCAGCAGCACCACGCCCAGGGGUUACAGGGAAUUGGCCCCAGAUCCUGACAUGACCCCAAAGCCUCACAUGGUGACCCCUGAUGUCCAUCAUCCACUAUGUGACCAACGCAAGGACAUGCCCCUCAGAAGAACAGCCUCGGAGCCCAUCCUGAAGGUGAAGAGUAAACUGAAGAAGCACAUCAACUCCAGACAGAACCCUCUCCAACGCAAAACCAGCGCUCCCCCUACUGUCAAGCACAGAACGCCGGACACUCUGGACUAUUCCCCCAGCAGCAGUAGCACUCCAGUGUCGGGGUGCAGCUCGCCCAAUGACAGCCUCCUCUCGGAUAGCCCACUUACUACCGGACUGGCCCACGAGGCUCAGAGGUUGCUGCUCCAGGAUGGUACACUGGCCCACUUCUCCUUGCCCUGCUCCACCGCCCUGCCCACCAACAGCGCCAGGCUGCCCGCCCAGGGUGACAGGGAGUCGGGUGGCCAUCAGAGGGUGGCCAGGGUACUGCCCCAGGUCUACCUGCCCAUGGAGGGCCUCAGUGCUGCCCAGCUGGCCCACCAACACCUCCAGCCCCUGCUCAUCCUGGAGCCCUCAGUGCUGCUGCACACACAGCUAGUCACUGUGCGAGGCCUGAGCCCGGGCCAUCUCCAGUACCCCUCCUCCAGACUGGAAGGCCUGGCUCCCCCGGGCCUCCACAGACCCCUGGGUCGGACCCGCUCUGAGCCCCCGCUGCACUCUCACCACCACCAGCACCAGUUAAUUCAGCAGUACCACAACUCACUGCUUCUGGAGAGACUCAAACAGAACACACACCUGGGCAAGCUCAUGACCAAGUCCAGUGAGAAGCCUCGUGUCACACAGAUCCCCUCGAAGGACAUGGACCCGGCGGAGACCGGGCCUGGGGACGGCUACCAGAGGAGGAGACAGAGUGGGACCAGUAGCACUGAGUCAAUGUGGGACACAGAGUCCACCUCCUCAGGCGAUUACCUAGGAGAUCACACCAUGGAACACACACCUCUGAUGAAUCAGUCGUUUCGUUGGGAGCAGCCCAGGCACCACCAGGUCCUGACAGACAGGCGUAGGCAAGCGACCCACCUGGACCCCCUGGGUGUGCCCGUGGUUCUGGGCCCUGCACACCGCCCCCUCGGUCGCGCCCAGUCCUCCCCCGCCUCCACCUCUCUCCCCCCUCCUCCACAGCCCACGGACACCCCACAGUCUCUGGCCGGCCCUGGUCCGGAGACCACCGCCAAGCUACGCUUCACCACUGGUCUGGUGUAUGACUCUCAGAUGCUGAAGCACCAGUGCACCUGUGGCGACAAUAGCCGACACCCCGAGCAUGCUGGAAGAAUCCAAAGCAUCUGGUCCAGACUUCAGGAGAGAGGCCUCAGGAACCAGUGUGAGUGUAUCCGGAGCAGAAAGGCAACUCUGGAGGAGCUUCAGUCUGUCCACUCUGAGAAACACGUCCUGCUGUACGGCACCAACCCACUCAACCGCCUCAAACUGGACAACCGCAAGCUGGCUGGAAUCUUAUCUCAAAGGAUGUUUGUGAUGCUACCUUGUGGAGGAGUUGGAGUGGACAACGAUACGAUCUGGAAUGAGACACACACGUCGACGGCGUCUCGCUUGGCGGCAGGCAGCGUGACGGAGCUGGCGCUCAGGGUAGCACAGGGAGAGCUGAAGAAUGGCUUUGCAGUGGUGAGGCCCCCUGGACACCAUGCAGGUCGCUCUACCCCCUUGGGUUUCUGCUUCUUCAACUCCGUGGCCAUCGCAGCCAAGCAGCUCCAGCACAAACUCAGCAUCAACAAGAUCCUCAUUGUGGACUGGGAUGUUCACCAUGGCAACGGUACCCAGUCAGUGUUCUACAACGACGCCAGCGUGCUGUACAUCUCCCUGCAUCGCUAUGACAAUGGCAACUUCUUCCCCGGGAGCGGGAACCCAGCCGAGGUUGGAGCAGGAGCAGGUGAGGGCUUCAAUGUCAAUGUGGCGUGGACGGGAGGCUUGGACCCUCCCAUGGGCGACGCUGAAUACCUGGCAGCAUUUCGGACUGUGGUGAUGCCGAUUGCCCAUGAGUUCUCUCCUGACAUGGUGCUGGUCUCAUCUGGUUUCGAUGCCGUCAAGGGACAUCCGGCGCAGCUGGGGGGCUACAAAGUGUCGGCCAAGUGUUUUGGCUUCCUGACACGUCAGCUGAUGGGGCUGGCGGGGGGCCGGGUUGUCAUGGCACUGGAGGGGGGUCACGACCUCACGGCCAUCUGCGAUGCGUCGGAGGCCUGCGUCCGCAUCCUGCUGGGCACUCAGGUGGAGCCCCUGUCUCAAGCAAUUCUGGAGAGGAGACCCUGUCGCAACGCUGUCCUCUCUCUACAGAGAGUCAUACAGGCCCAGGGUGAGUACUGGCGGUCGUUGAGGGCAGUGGCCCACACAGUGGAUCAGUCCUACCUGCAAGCCCAGGGACAGAGUCUGAGACGGAACUCAGAGGACCACAACAAAACAGUGUCCGCCAUGGCCUCUCUCUCCAUGGCUAGCCUCACCACCGACAGGACACACAGAGAUGAACUCAUGGAGGGGGACUGUGACUCCAUGUAGACAAGUGCACUUUCUGACAAACCUAUCACACAGACAAACACACUGUCAUCCACUCGGGCGCUGCUUCACUUGACCAGAAUCCACUGCCUCCAGUUGUCACUGUACGGACCACAUUCUGACCUCUAUAGUCAAACUGACUAGUGUACGCCUCACACACUCCUACACCUCAUCCGAACACAGUACUACUGGCCUUACUAAGACCACUCGCCUGCUUCGACCGCAACUUAACCACACACUGAGAAGACAUCCCAUUAACAGGGUAAAGGAGGACCAAGAGGAAGGACAAUGAACACUUGUGUUCUUGAUAUGCCACUCCGUGCCUUUCCAGGAGUGUUACUCCUCCAUUACCACAUAACAUUGUGAAUUGUGAGGACACAGAAGGAGAGGAGCACCAGACCUGAGCAGAAACUGGAAGGGUGAAAUAUACACCCUUACUCCAAACCGCUUUCAAACACCACUGGGGAGGUUACGACUUGACUUGUAUCAUGAAGUGACUUGACAAAGACCAGCUAGACAGCUGGCUGUUAACAGAGUCUCUCUGGGGAAGAGGACAACUUUUUUUGCCUCGGUCACAGGUUACCGCGGAGCAUCGCCAGGGCCGAAUCACAAAAAUAAGUAGGAAGUGGUCCCACGUCCCCACAGGAAGUCACUAUGAAGGAAAACAGACAUUGGACACUCCCCAGGGGACACCUAAAACGCAUCUCGUUCUGAUGAUGUCAUUCGUAUUUAUGCGUCGCCAACAAAAUGAAGAAAAAGAGAGGAGACUGAGAAUUUUGUUCAGACUUUUUUUGCACUGUGCAUUUUGUAAUUUGAACCAAGGAGAGAAUGACAGUAUAGACCACAUUGAAGCUCUCCUGGGAUUGGUGAUAAAACAUAGAAAUGAUCAUACUGGUGUUUUUAAGCUGAUUGAAUUAUUGUAAGUUUUAUCUAUUGCAUAUUGUAUUGCAAAUGUCAAUACAUAUUGGUAAUAUUUUUUUAUCAUCACAUAGCGAACCCUAUGAUUCACGUGCACUGAUAGGGCUCUACCUGUGCAAAGCAUAUGCCCCUUUUCCCUUCCAGUCUCCAAAGUGGCCUUUUGGGUGGUGGUAUAAUUUCCCCCAAAAUGUAUUUUUUGUAAAAAAAAAAUGUGGUUCAGUACCUACUGCCCGCAAGUCGUCGUGAUGUCGUCAAGUUCGCCACCCCACACCCCGUCCAUUGGUUGUACCAACCCACACGCCCGGUUGUACCAGUUUCCCAGUCUGCCAUGUACAGAGAUUUAACAAUACUACUGGCCUUACUAUGCUCAAAAAUAUAAACAUUUUCACAACAGAGGCAUUUGGUAUGUUAGAUAUGAAUUAUUAGUAUUUUUUUGGUGGGAGGGGUUACAUUUUUGGGGGGGGGUGCACCUGCCCCCUGGAAGGUCUGUGCAUGGCCCUGAUAGGUUUUAUAGUUGUUGUCCUUCCAUAGGACCAAAACAAAAAAACAUGCAAAGUGAGGGUAAGACUUUGUUAACACUCCCUUUCAGACAGCAGUUGAGGGCAUCUUCACAUUCUUUAUCAUUCUCGUGAUAAAAGUUAUUAGGAAUGAAUCAUAUGAUCAGUGAGACAAUUCAAUUAGGAAACGCAGACAGUCGGAUCAAACGUUCCAAAGCUGUUUCAGCCAAUUACACACACCGCCAUACUGUACGGAGAAGUCCUACUCAAUGCUUGACCACACACAAAAUAAAUGUUUAUGGAUGUCAAGUCAAAAUCAAAUCAAAAUGUAUUGGUCGCGUACACAGAUUUGCAGGUGUUAUAACAGGUGCAGCGAAAUGCUUAUUCGCUACACCCGCAAUAACAUCUGCUAAAAAUGUGUAUGUGACCAAUAGCAUUUGAUUUGAUUUGACUAGCUCCAACAGUGCAGUAGAAUGUCAUACAAAUACAAUACAAAUAUACAAAUAAUCAAAACAAGAAAAUAAAGAAAUGCCAGAACGAGAACACACAAUACCCCACAAUACCCCCAAAACAGGUUUUUAGAAAUGUUUGCAAAUGUAUUUUUUUUUAAACGAACUGAAAUAUCACAUUUACAUACAUUUUCAGACCAUUUACUCAGUACUUUGUUGAAGCACAUUUGGCAGUGAUUAAAUACUUGAGUCUUCUUGGGUAUGACACUACAAGCUCGCCACACCUGUAUUUUGGGAGUUUCUCCCAUUCUUCUCUGCAGAUCCUCUCAAGCUCUGUCAGGUUGGAUGGGAAGCAUCGCUACACAGCUAUCUUCAGGUCUCUCCAGAGAUGUUCGAUUGGGUUCAAGUCUUGCCACUCAAAGAUAUUCAGAGACUUGUCACGAAGCCACUGCUUCGUUGUCUUGGCUGUGUGCUUAGGGUCGUUGUCCUGUUAGAAGGUGAACCUUCACCCCAGUCUGAGGUCCUGAGCGCUCUGGAGCAGGUUUUCAUCAAGGAUCUCUCUGUACUUAGCUCCUUUCAUCUUUCCCUCAACCUGAUUAGUCUCCCAGUCCCUGCCACUGAAAAACAUCCCCCCCAGCAUGAUGCUGCCACCACCAUGCUUCACUGUAGGGAUGAUGCCAGGUUUCCUCCAGACUUGACACUUGGCAUUCAGGCCAAAGAGUUCAAUCUUUGUUUAGUCAGACCAGAGAAUCUUGUUGCUCAUGGUCUGAGAGUCCUUUAGGUGCCUUUUGGCAAACUCCAAGCAGGCUGUCAUGUGCCUUUUACUGAGGAGUAGCUUCCGUCUGGCCACUCUACCAUAAAGGCCUGAUUGGUGGAGUGUUGCGGAGAUGGUUGUCUUUCUGGAAGGUUCUCCCAUCUCCACAGAGGAACUCUGGAGCUCUGUCAGUGACCAUCAGGUUCUUGGUCAUCUCCCUGACCCAAGACCCUUCUCCCCCGAUUGCUCAGUUUGGCCAGGUGGCCAGCUCUACAAAGAGUCUUGGUGGUUCCACAAUUCUUCCAUUUAAGAAUAAGGGAGGUCACUGUGUUCUUAGGGAUCUUCAAUGCUGCAGAAAUGUUUUGGUACCCUUCCCCAGAUCUGUGCCUCAACACAAUCCUGUCUCUGAGCUCUACGGAAAAUUCCUUCAAUCUCAUGGCUUGGUUUUUGCUCUGACAUGCAGUGUUAACUGUGGGACCUUAUAUAAACAAGUAUUUGCCUUUCCAAAUCAUGACCAAUCAAUUGAAUUUACCACAGGUGGAAUCCGAACAAGUUGUAGAAACAUCAAGGAUGAUCAAUGGAAACAGGGCUCAAUUUCGAGUCUCAUAGCAAAGGGUCUGAAUAGUUAUGUAAAUAAGGUAUCUUGUUUUUUUGUUUUAAUACAUUUGCAAAAAAUUAUAAACCCCUUUUUUUUCUUUUUUUUUUCGCUUUGUCAUUAUGGGGUAUUGUGUGUAGAUUUAUGAGGAAAAUGUUUUAUUUAAUCCAUUUUAGGAUAAGGCUGUAACGCAACAAAAUGUGGAUACUGUUGAUACUGAGUGUUGUAAAUGUCCUGGAGUGCAGACAGCGGGGCUCUGGUUAUGCGUUGGGCUGACUGCACCAACCUCUGGAGAGCAAUGGAGUUGAGGGCGGUGCAGGUGCCAUACCAGGCGGUUAUGCACCCCGACAGAAUGCUCUCAAUGGUGCAUCUGUAGAAGCGCUGAUUUUCUUCAGCUGCCUGAGAUUGAAGAGGCACGGUUGCGCCUUCUUCACUAUGGUGUCGGUGUGGUGGGACCAUUUCAGGUCCUCAGUGAUGUGCAUGCCAAAAAACGUGAAGCUUUUGACCCUCUCAAAUGCGGCCCCGUCGAUGUGGAUGGAGGUGUGCUCCCUCUUCUGUCCCCUAUAGUCCACGAUCAGCUCCUUAGUUUUUUUUACAUUGAGGGAGGUUAUUUUCUUGGCACCACUCCACCAGGACUCUAACCUCUUAUCUGUAGGCUGUCUCGUCAUUGUUGGUAAUCAGUCCUACCACUGUCGUGUUUUCAGGAAACUCGAUGAUUGUUGGAGUUGUGUAUAGACACAGUCAUAGGUGAACAGGGAAUACAGGAGGGGGCUGAGCACACACCCCUGGGGGGGGGCCCUGUUGAGGAUCAGCGUGGCAGUGGUGUUGUUGCCUACCCUCUCCAUCUGGGGUCGGCCCGUCAGGAAGUCUAGGACCCAGUUGCACAGGGAGGAGUUCAGACCCAGGGCACUGAUCUUAGUGACAAGCUUGGAGGGCACUAUGGUGUUGAAAGCAGAGCUGUAGUCGAUAAACAACAUUCUCACAUAGGUAUUCCUCUUGUUCACUCGGGAUAGGGCGGUGCGCAGUGCAACGGCGAUCGCAUCAUCCGUGGAUCUUUUUAGGGUGGUAUGCAAAUUGUAAUUGGUCUCGGGUGUCAAAAUACUUCAUGAUGACAGAGGUGAGUGCUACGGGGCGAUAGUCAUUUAGUUCAGUUACCUUAGCUUGCAGGAACAAUGGUGGACAUCUUGAAGCAAGUGGGGACAACAGACUUGGAUAGGGAGUGGUUGAAUAUGUCUGCAAACAAUCCAGCCAGCUGGUCUGUGCAUGCACUGAGGACGCAGAUUGGUAUGCUGUCUGGGCUGGCAGCUUGCGAGAGUUAACAUAAGGUUAAAAAAUAUAUAUUAUAAUAAUGGUGCUGGGUUUAUCGCAGAUUAUUAAAACAGUUGAAUGGACUUCAGAUCAGUUACUAUAAAUUAGUUGUUUAACUAUGGAUGGCACUUAAAAGUUGUAUGUAGACAACACCAGACUCACAAAAAAGGAAAUGCACUUACGAUGUCUUAAGUAUUGGAAUUGUGCUUUAGUAAAAUGACCUAUUUUUUAUGUCUAUUCCACUCUGGCGAUGCCUUUUUCUAUUGUUGAUUUCACAAAGACCAAUGUUUUAACAUGUGGAUUGAUUGACAUGCUUGCUCUAUUUUAUAUAUCUAUAGGCUGUAUUUCUUGAUACUUACUUUUCUACAAAUCUAAAAGACAGGUGAACUCGGAUUUGUUCACAUCUGAAACCACUAUAUUUACAAAAACAGUCAAUGAUUUUUGUUCCUGGACCAAAGUGCUGUUGGACAGUUAGCAUUUAGCCGUCGGAGUUAGCUUGUUGAGCUAGUUGACUAUCCAUGUAGAACAAUUGGACACAGGUUGAGAGAAAUAAAAGCUUAAAAGUCUUAUGGGUACAAUAUGCCAGUCGUGAACUGGUAGGGCCUCUGAGCAUAACUUCAAAGAUUCUUGUGAAUUCCUGAUAGUAAUUGUAUCUAAACAGAGAUUUUGCAGCUAAAUAUCACCAAAGAAGGUUUGAAAACGGCUUACAUUUCUUGUUAGCCCUUUCCAUGAGAUAAUGAUUUUUAAUCAUUAUCUCAUCAUUUUUAAUUCCUUUGCAGUGCUGUGCUUAUGUAUUGUGUUUUAUGAAAAUCUGAUGGUGCUACAGAUUAAUUUGAACUAUCAUGUUAUAGUUUACAAUGGUGCUGUAUAAUAUACAUUAUACAACCAAGACCUUACACUCUUAGAAAAAGGGUUCCAAAAGGGUUAUUCGGUUGUCCCCAUAGGACAACUAUUUUUUAUUCCAGAUAGAACCCUUUUUGGUUCCACGUAGAACCCUUUUGGGUUCAAUGUAGGACCCUCUGUGGAAAUGGUUCUACAUGGAACCCAAAAAGGUUCUACCUGAAACCAAAAAGUGUUCUUCAAAGACUUCUCCUUUGGGGACAGCCUUUUAGGUUCUAGAUAGGACUUUUUUUUUAAGAGUGUGCAUGACAAGACCCUGCAAUAUAUGUAUGAUAUUAACGACAUUGACAAUGUGAAAAUGACAUCAUUGAGAAUGAAAUGAUACAUUUAACUAUGAUCAAGUAGAACAAAAUGGCCACCACAAAUACAUUGUUGGUAUCUUUUUCAGAGGGGUUCUAUUUCAUAUUUUAUUGUGGUUUAUUUCCGGUUUAAUUAAAUUCUGAGAAUAUUUGUGUUCUGUAAAUGUAAAUAAAUUUUUUGAGAAUCAACAAUCCCUUUAAUUGUCUUAAUAUUCAUUAUUACUCUUCCUCUGAGUGAUUGGUUAUUGAUGUUGUCGAUAGCUACUGAGACCAAAAUACAGACAUCCUGUGCUUUGAAUUAUACUGACAAACAUAUAGAAAUGAAGCUUUAUUGAACUGAAUCUUAAUUUAGAAAACAAGCCAAGUAGAGAUUAGGUAGGGAUUUUUUUCUCACUGUUUGUCUUUAUUGGUUUGUACUUUGUACCUGUACAGUAAAAAAUAAUGUUGUAUUUUAUUUUUUUCUAUAUUUUGUUCUAUAAACUGUUUUCCUCAAUAAAAGGGUGAUUAAGUU